UGCCUCCUCAAGAGAUAUGGCUUUCUUACACAUUUGUGAGCAAGGGGAUUCGUAGUGGGGUCCAAUUGCCACUUAGCAGCCGUGUCAGCCAACUCAAGGAGGCCAUCAUAAACAGCAUAUCAGAUAGGCUUCCGAGCUGCAGACCAAGUGACCUCACCCUUUCAACUGCGCCUUUUGAAUCCUCUAAUGACAUUGCAAUACUUGAUAACAGUCAAAUAAUUGAGAAUUUUAUGGAUAUGUUGGAAGAGAACAGAGUAUAUGUCUACACACCAUUUGGUAAUGCUGAACCUGCUCAGCUUGAGUUUAAUGCCAAUAUGUGGCAUAGUAACAUUGAAAGCAAAGUUGACCAAAUUCAAUUACAAGAUGUUGCCACACGCCCCUCUAUUAGUGGUAAAAGUGUGGGAAAGGGCUUUGAGAACUUUCUUGAGUUUAAGAAACAGGACUAUUUCUUUCUGGACAAGUCAAUCUAUUGCAAGAAGCUCUUUGAUGAUGGAGACAUUGCCAGUCUCAUUCUCCGUCCACGUCAAUUUGGGAAAUCAAUGCUACUAUCAAUGAUUGAGUAUUUCUUUCAGACACCCAGACCUGAUGAAGAUUUGACCCUGAGAUUCAACAUAUUUAAAGACUUGAAGAUAAGUGGAGAAAAAGAAUUCUUUAAGGAGUGUUUUGCAAAGUUCCCUGUUAUUCAUGUAUCUCUCAAUGGUCUAUCUUCAGAUUCUUAUGAAGACAUGUUGUGUAGUUUUGCUGAUACCAUCAAAGAUGUGUAUGAAUCCUAUCACUACAUCAAGCCUGAGUUGGAUCAAAGUGCCUUUAACUUGUUUGAAAGGAUCACUAAUGGCAACUCAUCCAGGACUGAUCUCAUCA